AUGAGGAACAAUAUUCAUGAGGUGCGUUUGAACUGUGGCAUUACAAUGCCUGUCAUGGGAUUUGGCACUUUUUCCUUCGAAAAUGAUCGGGAGACAACAGAGAAAGCCAUCCAUAUGGCCCUCAAGAUGGGUUACAGGCAUUUUGAUACAGCAAGGAUAUAUGGUUCGGAGCCAGCGGUGGGAAAUGCUUUAACAGAAGCAAUUCUCGAUCGGACUGUAGAGAGAGAAGAUAUUUUUGUUACGUCUAAACUGUGGGGGAGUGAUCACCAUAAUCCUGUUUCAGCACUCCAGAAAACUCUACAGAAGAUGAGCAUGGAAUAUGUGGACAUGUAUCUGGUUCACUGGCCAGUCAAGUUAAAGCCAUGGGUUUCUUAUGCAAUCCCAAAAGAGGAGGACUUUGAAGAAUCGGACAUGGAGUCCACCUGGGCUGGGAUGGAGAAGUGCCUGGACAUGGGGUUGUGCAGGUGCAUUGGUGUCAGCAAUUUCUCCAGCAAGAAGAUCCAAGGGCUGCUUGAUUUUGCUUCUGUACCACCGGCCGUCAAUCAGGUGGAAAUGCAUCCGAUGUGGAGGCAAAGCAAGCUCCGAGAGACCUGUGCAGACGACAAAAUCCACGUAAGCGCCUAUUCACCACUUGGCGCGCCCGGUAAUGCAUGGGGAUCGACAGCUGUGGUAGAUAACCCAAUCAUUCAAUCCAUUGCUCUCAAGCACAAAGCAACCCCAGCUCAGGUUGCUCUGAAAUGGGGAUUAUCGAAAGGAUCAAGUGUGAUAGUCAAGAGCUUUAAUCAGCAUCGGAUGAAGGACAACAUGGUGUCCUUUGAUCUGAAGUUGGACGAUCAAGAUUUCCUUGAAAUUGACAAGUUGGAAGAGUGGAAGAUCAUGAGAGGGGAGUUCCUUGUUAAUGAAACAACAAGCCCAUACAGGACGAUUCAGGAUCUGUGGGAUGGUGAAAUUUAA